UGUUAAAAAAUAAACCUAUAGACUGACAGUUAUCAUUCUUAAGGUUGUCUUAAUUUGUUCAUUGACCAUUUUCAUAGCGAUUUCAUAAAUUUAUUUAUUUUACUAAUCAAAUAUAACAUUGCUUAAUUAACCACACUCAUUUUGUAUGGGCAGUUUGGUAAAGAAUUAUUUCUCAACAGGAUGAUGACGAAUUGAGUUCAGUAUUCGAAUCGUCUUUUGACAACUUGUCGUUUGACUUCAAUCAUAGUUCGGUCAACGCUUGGCUCCCGCCUGAGCCGUUGGUUAAAACUAAAAUCAAAGCUCAUGUUACGUAUGUUGACACGCUAUGUCAGGUGUACUUUUACGAUGUCGAAAGUGAUGCUCCACAAACUUUGUCAACUUUGUCGACCGAUCUAAAUGAACUGUUUGCCGAAAGCUUACCCGAACCGAUUGACUUGAAAUGGGCCAAAGGGCAAAUGGUAAUUGCCAAGUAUCAUUUGGACAACUUGUGGUAUCGCGCAACAAUAUUGAAUAAGGAGGAAACCGGAGAAGAAUACCGUGUGCAGUUUAUCGAUUACGGCAAUAUCGAGAUGUGCACUCAUGACGAUUUACGAUCCACUCUACACAUGACCGACAUACCGACUUUAUGUGUCAAAGGAUAUUUUGAAUCCAUCUUACCGCUGACGGGAAAUAAAGUAUGGCCUACGUCCGUCUUGGACUUUAUUCACGCUCAGUUGGUUGAGAAAGAAUGCAAUAUAACAAUUAACGCUAGUUAUUCGACUGAAGAUACUUACAUGAUCAAGAACUUGAGUACAGCGGACGCGGACAAUUUCUUGGACUACUUGGUGUCCAUUAAAAAAGCAUACUACAAACAUAUUCCAUCGUCUAUGAUUAACUUUGAUGACUACAACGAGUUCAAAUCAGAAGUUUUGGCUCCAGACCAUUCGUCCAGUUAUAAUGACUCGCAUGUAGAAAAUUAUGGGAACAAUCACCAAGACAUUGACAAAUUUUCCACUGAAGAAACAAAAUCUAACUGUUCUUUAGAAGAAGAAGAGGAGGAGGAGAAGGCUAACGAAGAAAAACAAGGUUUUAUGGAAUUUGAUUUAACGGGUGUCACCGCUGAAGGGACGGUGACCGAAGUGUUGAAACCAAAUAAAGUGAUAGUAAUUGUGAACAAAAUUGACGACUUUAACGUGGCGGCUGCCAAAAAUACUAUGAACAUGGAAAUGCAAAAAAAGUGUUCCGAUCUCGUAACCCCUAGCGACGUCUCACUGGGAACACCCGUUUGUGUUUUUUAUAAGUGCCUGUGGAGACGGGGCGUCAUAAAACACGUCAAACCAACAAUUUUAGUCAAUUUAGUGGAUUUGGGUAUUACAGCUGAAGUGUACCAAAAGUACAUUAGAUUGUGUCCUCCAGAGUUUUUGAAAUUACCAAUAUAUUCAGUCAAAUGCCAAUUGGCCGGCGUGACGAUAAACGAACGCCGUGACGAAACGUUCGUCAUACAAGCGCUAUCGAAUGUAUUGAGUAAUGUCAAUUUGACAAUUGUCACAAAGGGUAAAUCAAACAGUGCGGUUGUUGUGGAAUUGUACGACAACAAAGGGGCACUUGCUUACCAGUCGUUAAUCAAAUCUGAACUUCUAAUUCUACCUUAAUAUUAGUACUGAUAAGUGUUAAUAAUUUAUAUGAUCCCCAUAUAAAACUAAAAUUUCCUAUUGUAUUCUUUUAUAAAUAUAACUUUGUAUUGUAUAGAUGUUUUAUCGUUAACACAAAGAUGUUGCUUUCUUUAUAGAGUCUAUGUAUAUCAGUGGAUGUCGGUAAAACAUACCUCGUUAUCAAAAUGUGAUCUAAAGUAAUUAAUAGUUAAUUUUGUUUAAACAUCUAAGAUAUGUACUUUGUUUUUUUUGUAUUUUGACAGUUAAUGUUUUUUUGUUAGUAAUAAUGUUUCAAUUGAAUGUACGUAACAAUUGUAUUUUGAAAUAAAACAGGACAACAAGCCAAUA